AUGUUGAAACUGGAGCAGCAGCACGACCAGAUCGACUGGGGACAGCAAGGAGUUAUCAGGCCAGGUAGUCCUGAGGCAUGGUCCCAGGGAUCAGAUCCUCCGGGAGGACCGAGUUUGGGAAACAUUGGUAGACUCAGCAGCCAGAUCAAACAAGGGCCUGAAAUAAACAGGAGCUUGACUAGUGGGGAGUUGCAGUACAGUCCAAAAGCAGCUGGCCAGUGGUUGAACAGGCCAAGUGAGGUCCCAGACAGGCUCAAUGGGAUUGAGAUCGGGGCUCUUCGCUGCCAUGGCGGAACAAGCAGUAUGGCUGGUGGCAUUGUCAUGCUAGAGGGUCAUGUCAGGAUGAGCCUGCAGGAAGGGUUGACCCAUGACAUCAGCCUGAAUGAGUUUGAAGAUGACGACUUGUCUGAGAUCACUGAGAUCACAGAUGAGUGUGGGAUGAGUCUCAACUACAUGGGCCUAGAGAUUAAGGGCUGUGUGCGGCAGGGGACCAAUAGUGGGGUGGGGAAGGAGGAGCUGGGUGCUGUCGGCCAGCUCCAGGCCGAGAUGCUCCAUUUGGAUCUGAUCGACGGGGCCGAUGGUUACCGCGAUGACAAGGAGUCAUCUAAGCCAUCUUCCACAGCACCCCUGCCAGUAACCGAGGACCCCCCUCUAGUAACCAUGAAUAUAUACCGGCCAAAGAGACCCACGACCCUUAACCUUUUCCCCAUGGUGCCACGCACUCAGGACACAUUAAACAACAACUCAUUUGGUAAGAAGUACAGCUGGCAGGAGAAGGUCUCACUCUCAUCCUCCCCCCUCAAAACAGGCGGGCUGAUUUCUCCCCAUGAGCACAGCUGUCUAAGCGACGAGGACAAGCUGCAGCACGGAGGUGGGACGCAGACCAAGGACCGCGGCACAUCCACUGACACUCCCUGCAGAUACAAACACACCUCUGGACACACCGAGAGCUCCACAGCGGGGACACGCUCCAAACUGCCGGAGAAGCCCCCAGCACCCCCGCCUCCCCAAAACUACACACUCGCAGCUCUGGGGCCCCCAGGGACACACAGAGAGAAGAUCCGCUAUCACACAGAUGUACGCCUAGAACCCACCGAGGAGAUCUAUCUGACUCCCGUGCACCGUUCCGAGCAGGACCAUCCAUUCCUGUCCCAGCAGCCAGAGCACGGACGCAUGUCAAUCAGCUCUGACAACGAGGGCCCGCCCCCUUACCAGCCUCUGCCCGACCGGACCAACCCUUCCAUUUGUGAGGAGGACGAGGUUUACAUGCCCCCUCCCUCCUACGCCUCCUAUGUGGAGGCUCUCUUCACCCCUCCCUCUACCGCCCCCCCCAUGGAACCCCCAGGCUUAGCCCUGAACCUCGGCCUGAGGGAAGUAGGAGCAGGGGCGAUGGUGAGGGCAGGGGCAGGGGUGGAGUAUGUAGAUGCCCAAGAUGAGACAUUUGGGGUAGAGGGUGAGGAUGAGAGGGUAAGGGUUGUGGGAGGCAGGCAGUAUUUGGGACGUGGUGGCUGUGGUGCCCCCACGAGUACUUUGAUGAGCUCAGAAGCGAGUGGUCUGUCUUACGACUCUGUGAAGUACACACUCGUUGUGGAUGAGCACGCGCAGCUCGAACUGGUAAGUCUGAGGCAGUGUUACCAAUGUUACAGCGACGACAGCAACUCUGCGACCGUCUACGACAACUGCAUCUCGUCUCCGUAUGAGUCGGCCAUAGGGGAGAAGUAUAAGGAGGAAGAAGAAGAAGAGAAAGAGGAGGAGGCGGAGGAGGAGGCGGAGGCGGAGGAGGAGGAGGAGGAGGAGGAGGAGGAGGAGGAGGAGAGAGUGAGAGGGGGAAGGGUGAGGAGAGAAGCCCCCGCCUGUCUGUCAGAGGACUCCACCCCGGAGGCGAACUUGCACUUCUCUAAGAAGUUCCUCAACAUCUUCAUGAACGGACGGUCACGAUCAUCCAGUGCAGAGCCGUUUGGCUUGUUCUCCUGCCUCAUAAAUGGGGAAGAGAGGGAACAGAGUCACAGAGCCGUCUACAGGUUUGUCCCUCGCCAUGAUGAUGAGCUGGAGUUGGAGGUUGAUGACCCUGUACUGGUGGAGGUACAAGCAGAGGAUUACUGGUACGAAGGCUAUAACAUGCGUACAGGCACCUGCGGCAUCUUCCCUGCUUACUACGCCAUAGAGGUCGCCAAGGAGCCAGAGAGCUUCAAAGUGAAGAGCAGUGACUGGGUAGACAGGUACCACAUGAAAUUCCUGGGCUCGGUCCAAGUACCCUACCACAAAGGCAACGAUGUUCUGUGUGCAGCUAUGCAGAAGAUUGCCACCAAUAGGAGGAUGACAGUGCAGUAUAACCCACCUUCGUCUUGUAUCCUUGAGAUCAACGUGAAAGGCGUCAAGCUCCUAGUCCAGGAUGACUACUAUGCCUCUGACAAAAGUAACCAGUGCAGCCACUUCUUCCAGUUGAAGAAUGUUUCCUUCUGUGGAUAUCACCCUAAGAACAGCAAGUACUUUGGCUUCAUCACAAAACACCCAGCUGACCAGAGAUUUGCCUGUCAUGUGUUUGUGUCUGAAGAUUCUACUAAACCCCUGGCAGAGUCUGUUGGGAAAGCCUUCCAGUUGUACUAUAAGGAAUUUGUAGAUUGCUCCUGUCCGACAGAGGAUAUUUACCUGGAAUAGCACCAACCCCGCCUUCCACCACAACGCUGUACAUUACAGUGUAUCAUAACAUAAUGUUGCAUGACAGAGAAAACAAUUCUAACAAAUGUGAACUAAUAAAUUUGACAAAAAGAUGAAGGAGAGAGAUAAAGAAGGAGAGGUACUGGUGUCUAAUGUUUGUCCAAAGAUUUUAAACAGUAUGACGAAUGAACAAGUAAUUGAUCGAAACAUAGUGGAGAUGUUGAAGAGGGGGUCCCAAAAUAUGUAAAAUGGAGUCACUGAUGAGGAAAUUAAUGUGCCACUCAAGCACAAUGCUGUGACCAUGGGCCUCAUUUAUAAACGUUGCGUAGGUACAAAAUAAGGCGUACACCACUUUCUAAGCAAACUUUGGGAUUUCUAAAAAACAAACUUGACGGGAGAAUGUGCAGUUCUCCAUGGACACUUUGACACAUACGUAUGCACAUAAACUGGAGAAAUGAGAAACUGUGACUCCGAUGGCAGAAGGAUGAAACUCGAGAAAUGCUUUAAAAUUGAUACCAUUGUGUAAAAUAAUUUGAAAUAUUACCUCCCAUGUGUUAUAUAUGAAGAGUUCUCUGGAAAAAACAAAACAUGAUUUAGGAUAAUAAAUACAAAUAGAGAUAUCUGUUUUUGCAAAAUAACCCCUCAAUUAUGUUGUACAGUUUAAUCGGGAAUCAUAUUUAAUUGGAUCUGUAAUUAUUAAACAAUACUUGCAUGUUAUGAAAUGUAUUCUCAUAAAUAAUAAAGGUGAACAGUAGGACAAAUUAUGUUUAAACUGAUGCCGUUUUCAAUGCCUCAGUCGGGUAGAUACCAGUGCACAGUUUCAUAUAAUAAUUUGUGCACAUUUCAUAUAAUGGCCCUGUCAUUGUCAGUUACAAUCAGGGUAAUUACCACACCUGAAGGUGUUACACCAUUGGGUGGCUUUGACAAUCAAAUGGGUGGGUAUAAAAAGGCAUGCAAUUACAAUGCUUAAUGACUCACAUUGGCUGCUUUGGCACUGUUUGGCAAAUGGAAGAAUUCGGAGAGAGUGAAUUUUCAGAGACCAGACAGAUUUACUGGAAAAUGAUGAAGAGUGGCUUAUUAGCCGGUUCCGAUUACCGAGAGCUGUUCUCUUGGAUCUCUGUUCUGUAGUAGGCCCAGCUUUACAGAGAAGCACCCGCAGAAACCAAGCCGUGCCUGUCCCACAUCAACUCCUUGGCAACAUCUUUAAUGGUGUCUCUUCGCAUUUGCAGGACUGCAUCUGUGAGGAAAUGGCCACUGGAGGGUUGUGACGCAUGAGGUACAGUGGAGACGCUGAGGCUGGGCGCACUCAGCUCCUGCUCAGCUGUAGCUCCACCGACCCCACAGGGACAAACGGCGACUAAAAACAAUCAAAUGUCACAAUUGUUUGUGUAAAUAAAUAAAGUAACAAAGGUCAAUAACAAAGGUUUAUCUCAAUACUUUGUUAUAUACCCUUUGUUGGCAAUGACAGAGGUCAAACGUUUUCUGUAAGUCUUCACAAGGUUUUCACACAGUGUUGCUGGUAUUUUGGCCCAUUGUUCCCUGCAGAUCUCCUCUAGAGCAGUGAUGUUUUGGGGCUGUUGCUGGGCAACACGGACUUUCAACUCCAUCCAAAGAUUUUCUAUGGGGUUGAGAUCUGGAGACUGGCGAGGCCACACCAGGACCUUGAAACACUUCUUACGAAGCCACUCCUUCGUUGCCCGGGCGGUGUGUUUGGGAUCAUUGUCAUGCUGAAAGACCCAGAAACGUUUCAUCGUCAUUGCCCUUGCUGAUGGAAGGAGGUUUUCACUCAAAAUCUCACGAUACAUGGCCCCAUUUAUUCUUUCCUUUACAUGGAUCAGUCGUCCUGGUCCCUUUGCAGAAGAACAGCCCCAAAGCAUGAUGUUUCCAUCCCCAUGCUUCACAGUAGGUAUGGUGUUCUUUGGAUGCAACUCAACAUUCUUUGUCCUCCAAACACGACGAGUUGAGUUUUUACCAAAAAGUUAUAUUUUGGUUUCAUCUGACCAUAUGACAUUCUCCCAAUCUUCUUCUGGAUCAUCCAAAUGCUCUCUAGCAAACUUCAGACGGGCCUGGACAUGUACUGGCUUAUUAAAGCAGGGGGACACGUCUGGCACUGCAGGAUUUGAAUCCCUCAAAUCGUAGUGUGUUACUGAUGGUAGGCUUUGUUACUUUGGUCCCAGCUCUCUGCAGGUCAUUCACUAGGUCCCCCGUGUGGUUCUGGGAUUUUUGCUCACCGUUCUUGUGAUCAUUUUGACCCCACGGGGUGAGAUCUAGUGUGGAGCCCCAGAUCGAGGGAGAUUAUCAGUGGCCUUGUAUGUCUUCCAUUUCCUAAUAGUUGCUCCCACAGUUGAUUUCUUCAAACCAAGCUGCUUACCUAAUGCAGAUUCAGUCUUCCCAGCCUUGUGCAGGUCUACAAUUUUGUUUCUGGUGUCCUUUGACAGCUCUUUGGUCUUGGCGAUAGUGGAGUUUGGAGUGUGACUGUUUGAGGUUGUGGACAGGUGUCGUUUAUACUGAUAACAAGUUCAAAUAGGUGCCAUUAAUACAGGUAAUGAGUGGAGGACAGAGGAGCCUCUUAAAGAAGAAGAAGUUACAGGUCUGUGAGAGCCAGAAAUCUUGCUUGUUUGUAGGUGACUAAAUACUUAUUUUCCACCAUAAUUUGCAAAUUAAUUAAUUAAAAAUCCUACAAUGUGAUUUUCUGGAUUUUUUUCUUCUCAUUUUGUCUGUCAUAGUUGAAGUGUACCUAUGAUGAAAAUUACAGGCCUCUCUCAUCUUUUUAAGUGGGGGAACUUGCACAAUUGGUGGCUGACUAAAUACUUUUUUGCCCCACUGUACCUGGAUCAUCCAGUGCGUCUUGCAUGUCCGUGUCCCCCUCCGUCACUACUCCACUCAAGAGAGAUAUCCCUAUAAUACUGGCAAGUCCCUCAUCAAGGAGCAAGGGGAUUGGCCUCCACUUUUAUGUCUGACCAGUUAUUUUUUAUUUCUGAGAAAGCCCGACCUUCUGAGCCAGCAGCAUUCACAGCGUCCGCCAUAUGCUACCACUCUAACGCCUUUUUGGCAUUUGUAAUUCCCACACUGUGUCCACCAAACAAUAUAUGUUUUCUUGCUUCAACCUCCCCUACAAGAACUUCCAUUCCACACUGGAUGAAAUUUCUUUUUUUAGCCUUUCUGUCAGGAUAUGUUGUCAUUGUUGUCAUGCAGUUACUAUGGAUUAAUAUUAAUUAGGAACGUUUCACUGACUAUUUAUAGGCAACCAUGGGCGUUAAAAGGGUGGGACAAGACGCUCGCUCACGUGCGCCAAAUUUCGAGUUGAUAGUGAUAUAUACAGGGAAACAGGGGUGGGACGUGCGUGCGCAUUGUGGUAUAAAUCUGAAUAUUUUUGCGCAUAAGCACUUUCUGUGUUUCUCCGUACGCCACCUUUUGACGUGAAUCAUCCGCACAGUUUUAUAAAUGAGGCCCCUGAACUGGAGUAUUCUAAACUAAUCUUUGUGGAUUUAGAGCUUGAAUCCCAGGUAAAACACUGGGCUUUGUGGACUUGGUGAACCAAAGAAAGUCCAAUUAGUCGCUAAGGUAACAGCAAAUUGAGGUCAGGGAAAAUAAAUCAAUAAAUGAAUGAAGAUCUUGUUAAAUUACUAGUAUUUGAGUAUUCUAAUCCCUAAUUCUAUGGAAUCUCGAAUGUUGGUGUGCUACAUUGUGUGAGGAAAACAGUGAUUCUCCAUGAGCUAAUGGUGCAGUGUGUUUGGAGAGGGUGAUAAGGCCUCACUGGAGAGUCCUGUGGUCUAAGGUAACUAACGAUCUAAAAUCAGAUUACCCUACCCCAUCCUUUACAAUUAAGGGGAUGACAAAUGAUCCGGCAAAUUAUCAGUGGCUCACACUGUUACUUAUUUUCCAUGUGUUUGUUCCCCAAAAACAAGUAAGCAUUAGGGUCACACUAUUGACCAGGAAUAGUGUCUUUAACAUGCUGCAAAGCCUUUGGUGUUCUCUCUGGUUCACUGUCAGAACCCUCAAAUAUAUUCACAUUAAGGAAUCAAGAGCAAACUUUUGAAACAGAGGUUCCUACCAAUAAAAGCACUCACACUGUUUUCUGUUUGAAAAUGCUUCCGUUUGUUUGUGCUGAACAUGACCCUAGAUAUUAUUUGAUUUGUGGGAAGACUGAUUCUUGUUAAAUCAUUAAGGGUACACUCCUUAAUUCAAUUACAGUAUUGUAAUUAUAUUACCAGAAACAAGGAGAUGGAUGACAGAGUUUCCAGUCAACCGCUUUGGCUUGCUUUUAAGGUAGUUUUAGUCUUCUAAUUUGCAGGAAGGGUCACUGUGGACUGCCUCAUAGUUCUUCUCAUGCUCAGUUUCAUAAUGAAAUGAGAGUUCAUAUUGAGAGUUCAGAUGGGGUUGCCAUUCAGAUAACUGGGUAUAUGAUAAGGAUGCUUACUCAAGCUGUAGAGACAGCAGGAGUGGUAGAGAUACUUUUAAUUGUAAUAUUUGUGUUGUGGAGAAAUGACCAGGCAGGAGACGGAGUACAGUUAGUUUUCGUUUAGUCAAAACCCCUAGUGCUCUACAGUUCCCGGCACCCUAGUGCGCAUGUGCAUUUCCUAUUAGGUGUAGUGAGGUAAAACUGAUGUAAUACAUUACUGCUUAGUAACAGCAUAGUAACUAAUCUAAACAGAUGUAGAUCCCAGAUACUACAGUAAUGAUCGGCUAUGAAAAGCCAACUGACAUUUACUCUUGAGGUGAUGACUUGCUGCACCCUCGACAACUACUGUGAUUAUUAUUAUUUGACCAUGCUGGUCAUUUAUGAACAUUUGAACAUCUUGGCCAUGUUCUGUUAUAAUCUCCACCUGGCACAGCCAGAAGAGGACUGGCCACCCAUGAUAGCCUGGUUCCUCUCUAGGUUUCUUCCUAGGUUUUGGCCUUUCUAGGGAGUUUUUCCUAGCCAAUGUGCUUCAACACCUGCAUUGCUUGCUGUUUGGGGUUUUAGGCUGGGUUUCUGUACAGCACUUUGAGAUAUCAGCUGAUGUACAAAGGGCUAACUAGAUUUUAUUUUAUUUGAUCUGUUACCCUGGUAACAUAAAAGGGAAUUACCUCUGACCCUCACAAAAAGGACAUGCAAGGUGAAGUGUGUAUGAAAUGCAUGAUGGGAGAUGUAGUUUUAAAGGUAGUGCCUGACGAGGAAUUACAAGUCCAGGGGAGGGUGGUAUCUUUUACAAGUAGUGCCUCUAUGAAGGAUCACUGUUGUAACUGCUAUGUCAUUUAGAUUUACCACAAUGUGCAUUGAUAGGAGAGGUUGAAAAAAGGCUGUUUUUGUGGAGGAGAUAUCAUGUGUGUUGAGAUGGUAAGAAAAUAAUAAAGUAAGAUUAGAUCAAGGAUCAACAUAAUAAGAUAGGAAUGGAAAUGGCCAACUCCUGGCCACAGGUUUGUGCCUGGAAACAAUGGCCUGGUCUGAAACCAACCAAUUGCUCAUACCCAUUUGAUGCUUGUAGAUUCUGAUAGAACCAGAGGUGUUUUUAUACCUUAAGUUCACUGGAAGGCUAGGUGGAGCCAUCCCCCUAUUGCCUACACCUUUCCAGUCUUCAGAUUUGCCAUCACAGAAGGGGUAGGGAUUAGGGAAAAGGGCAAAUAAUUGUAUUGUGUGGCUUUCUGACACAGUGAUUUCUAAUGUGGCUGCCACAGAAUCACAUUCUAACAAGAACUUGUAGCACAAUGUAUUGUUUAUAAGAACUGUAAUUAACUGAACAUGUAAAACAUUGUGAGAAGGAAUGCUUGUAAAAUGGGUGUCUCUAACUUAUGAAAGCAUGGGAUAUGAAACCACAUUCAUUCUACCACCUGUCAAGCAUCUUCCUAUGAAUAGUGACAUGUAUUUCCAAGUCACAAGUUUACAUUUUAUCUUCAUCAUUCCUAUUUUUCUUCUGAGCCAAGAAACAAAGGCCAAAAACAAAGGCCUUAAACCAUGAUAAAUGACAAUUGCAUAGCAUACCAUUGUUUUUUUCUGUUGUGUGUUGUAAUCUACACCUUGAUUAGGCUGAUAUAAAUCUGUAUUAUUUUAUAUGGCCUACACUUUCACAUUCAGAACUUCUAACACAGGUGGGACUGGUGUGACAAUGACCUCAAGAGCAGCCAUUCGCCAUUUGACAGCUCCAACGCAGAACACCUGUAACAUCGCCUAAACAAAAAUAAUUAUAUGCAAUGCAGUCUGUCGGUUAUUGCAGGUUAAGGCGAAUCUGAUUGAAUCAUGCUUGAUUUUUACGACAUUCUCCGAGAAUACUUCUAUUUUCAGUCCCCAAACAGUCAUUCUGGCCACUAUGAGGAAACCAAGUAAAGGUUAUAAAAAGUGUACAGAUAUGCCAUAUAUACAUAAAUAUAUUGUAAUUACAAAUGUUACACUGUACCAAUUCUUACUGUAGUAAUUUAAAUUAUUUUUUGUUUAUUUUUAAGUGUGAAUUGUAAUAUUUAUUUAAAAUGUUCAAUGCAGCA